CAUGGUCGAGUCUUCAAGUUUGUCAUUCCUUCGAUCGCUCCAAGUGACCAUGUCGGCCUAUGCGAUGCUGGCCCUCGUUUGCAUCUGCAAGCCGCAGUUAGUUUCUGGGCAGCCCCCACCCUGAAACCUUCGAUGUCGUCCGUGCCGCGGUGCGGGUGACGUGCUUCGCGGUCGUCUACGCCGCCCUCAUGUGUGCGCUAGCGAGUUGCCGCAAGACAUAGGCACUGCGCAACUCUCGCUGGACCAUCGCUGCGAUGUGCGCUCAAUGUCCUAUGGCGGUGGGUUCCUUUGCACAAGCACGCAGCGCCUCUUGCUCGACCUUUGAUACCAUGUGCGCAAAGGGUCAAAUCGGUCUGGACACUGCACUGGCGAUGGGUUUGCUUGUCAUGGCGCUGGUGCUGUGGAACAGCUAUGACUUCCAGUACUGCCACAAGUGCAGCUGUGGCCGCUUCGUGGCUGCGAUGGCACUAAUGAUGGCCGCCGCCUUCUUCCACGCCAUGUGCGCGGGGUUGACACUGCUGGAUUUGACAGACAAUCAUCCUUGGCUCAAGACAACGGUGGAGUCCAAGUAGUGGAUAAGUCUCCUCCAAUCAAAGUGUUGUGUUUGCU